AUGAAGGUGCAUUCAACAUUGUUCGCUGUCGGGGUGACAUGCCUGGCAGUGCUGGUGCAGGCUCAAGAGCCAACCUUGUUCUCCGACCAAUUAUUGUACACACUCAAGGCAUUUCCGUCAUCUGAUGCCAUUGUCGCCUCUUUGUCUGAGGCAAUUCAGGUCUCGACCGAUACCAUUGAUGAAGCUUCCUACCACAUUGAGGACAGAUCUGUUCUGUCUUCAUCACGAUCACAGGUCGCGUGUCAACUACUGGAAUGCAUCUUGCCAACCUAUUACACAGAUCCUAGCACAAACCAUUCUGCUUAUGAUACAUUACGGGAAAAUAAUUGGUCCAGCAAUUGUCAGCUCCCCGCGGCUUGUUUCAUCAGUCCAGAGCAUCCCGUUCAGGUAGCCGUUGCGCUUCAGAUAAUUGAUAAACUACAGUCAAAGUUUGCGGUGCAGUCAGGUGGACACAAUCCCAACCCGGGGUUCGCAGGAGUCGGGCAAGAUGGGGUCACAAUCCUUAUGCAACGCUUCCAGACCCUGAAGCUGAGUGCCGAUAGGUCAACUGCAACUGUUGGUGCCGGCCUUCGCUUUGGUGCUGUGCAGCAAUUUCUUGACUCGCAAGGUGUUGCAGUGGUAUCUGGACGGAACAAAUAUGUUGGCGUAUCUGGACUCCUCCUCGGUGGUGGUCACCCAAUCAUCAACUCACUCACAGGGCUUGCAGCCGACAAUAUCAAGAGUAUGGAGGUCGUACUUUCAGAUUUCAGAGUUGUUACCGCAAGCCAGACAACGAACCCAGAUUUGUUCCGCGCAUUGAAAGGUGGUGGGAACAAUUUUGGUGUUGUAACAAAGUUUGAUUUGUAUACGACCAUGCCGCGAAAUAUCUGGUAUCGCAUCGUGUCGUACAAUGCUUCUAAUUCUCGGACUGUAUUAGAUGCUCUAGUACAAGUACAGAGGAACAUGGAAGGCGAUCCAAAAGCCGGUAUUCAAGUGACAUGCACACCUGCCGGCUUUACAGUCACUUUUGUCUACGGCGAGUAUGCCAACAAUCCCGCCGUGUUUGCACCAUUCAGUUAUAUAACACCAACGGCCGAGAGCACUCCUCCAGCGAACGGAUCUACUUUGCAAUUCAUCGAACUCCAGAGUCCACCGCAACCCGAAGCUAGUCGCGAUACGGUGGGUGUUACGACGCUUCCCGAUACUGACUUGUAUCUCGACAUUUAUAACCGUUACCUCGCUGUGGCUGCAGCUAACAAGAACACAUCCGCCGCCUUCCUGCUCCCUAUUCAGACCUUUGGUUCUGCGGCUGCUCGCAUCGGCCAGCUCAAUGGUGGGAACGUCUUGGGUACGUCGCAAAGAGCCCAGACCUGGUGGAAUCCGAUUGCACAGUGGACAGAUCCAGCAUACGACAAGCAAGUCCAUAAUGCUCUUAUAAAGCUCGCAGAUGAUAUAACAAGUCUGUCACAGGCAAGAGGGUUGCAUGAUCGCUUCAUUUUUGCUAACAUCGCGACACGCGGUCAGAAUGUGCUCGCAAGCUACGGUCCAGAGAAUUUGGACUUCCUACAGGGCGUGAGCCAGAAAUAUGACGACGCGGGCACUUUUCAAAGGGUACAAAAUGGAGGCUUUCUAGUCUCUAGAUCAUAA